AUGAAGUAUAAGGGCCCGUACGUUAUGACCAAAAUGCUGCCUCACAACACCUACCGCCUUGAAGAUCUUUCCGGGCACCCACGAACUCAGAAGCACUCUACGAGCACGGCGCCAGUUCACAAGGCCUUUGGCGCCACAGACGCCAUGUCAGACUGAGUAUGCAUUCACAGCAAUGGAAAAAUCCAAGUGAACAUCUCGGACGAAGACAUACUCGACUGCUGCGAUACUUGUGCAUUAGGUUGCAAAGGUGGGGUCCCUGCGGCUGCCUGGCAAUACUGGAAGGAGAGCGGACUUGUAAGCGGUGGUCUCUACUACUCCGAAGACGGCUGCAAGCCUUACUCCCUCGCUCCCUGCGAACACCACACCAAGGGUCGCUUUCCCAACUGCACAAAAAUUGUGCGCACACCCAAGUGUGUGCACCGCUGCAGGGAGGGCUACGGCAAGGACUAUCAAGAUGACAAGCACUUCGGCCAGAAGGUCUAUUCUAUCUCCAGAGACGAGAAGCAAAUCCAGACCGAGAUCUUCAAGAAUGGACCUGUGGAGGCUGACUUUAACGUUUAUGCCGACUUCUUGAGCUACAAAUCUGGCGUGUACCAACACCACAGCGGUGACUUUCUCGGAGGCCAUGCUAUUCGCAUCCUUGGAUGGGGCACAGAGAACGGCACCCCUUACUGGCUCGUGGCCAACUCCUGGAACGAAGACUGGGGCGACCACGGUUAUUUCAAGAUUCUUCGCGGACAGGACGAGUGUGGAAUUGAAGAGGACAUUAACGCCGGUAUACCCAAGAGCGAAUAGAUUUAAUAAAGCAUUUAUCAAAAGCAA